AGGGCUUCCUUCUUGAAGAGAAAGAGGGGGGGCCUUCUGAAACGCUUUUGCUCGUCUCCCCAUCCCCCACCAGAUUUUUUUUUUUCCUGGAAUGUGGAUAUGAUGCCUUAGGACACGGCAGCCAUUUUGUGACCUGAUGUGAGGUCAGAGGCACACACUAAGGACAGCAGGGUGGAAGAAGGAACUGGGUUCCCUGAAGACAGCCUCAUUUGGUUGUUUGACUCCUCACCACCCCCAACUUCAUCAUUAGCCAUUCCUCUCACCCUUCCAGCUACAAUCCCAGCACUGGCCAAAUAGCUCGUGCACAGCGUAUGUCCCCUACAUCAGAUUAAGCCCCAGGUUCCAUUAUGGGUCGGCUUGAAGGGAAGGUCAUCGUCCUGACAGCAGCUGCUCAGGGGAUCGGCCGGGCAUCUGCAUUAGCUUUUGCAAGAGAAGGUGCCAAAGUCAUAGCCACAGAUGUCAAUGAGUCCAAACUUCAGGAACUGGAAAAGUACCCAGGUAUUCAAACUCGGGUCCUUGAUGUCACAAAGAAGAAACAAAUCGAUGAGUUUGCCAAAGAAGUUGAGAGACUCGAUGUUCUCUUUAAUGUUGCUGGUUUUGUCCAUCACGGAACCAUCCUGGACUGUGAGGAGAAAGACUGGGACUUCUCAAUGAAUCUCAAUGUCCGCAGCAUGUACCUGAUGAUCAAGGCAUUUCUUCCUAAAAUGCUUGCUCAGAAAUCCGGCAACAUUAUCAACAUGUCCUCUGUGGCCUCCAGCAUUGCAGGAGUUGUGAACAGAGGUGUGUAUAGCACAACCAAGGCAGCCGUGAUCGGCCUCACAAAGUCCGUGGCUGCAGACUUCAUCCAGCAGGGUAUCAGGUGCAACUGUGUAUGUCCAGGAACAGUUGAUACCCCAUCUCUGCAAGAAAGAAUACAAUCCAGACCAAAUCCUGAAGAGGCACUGAAAGAUUUCCUGAAGAGACAGAAAACUGGAAGAUUAGCAACUGCGGAAGAAAUAGCCCUGCUCUGCGUGUAUUUGGCUUCUGAUGAAUCUGCCUUCGUAACAGGCAAUCCUGUCGUCAUUGAUGGAGGCUGGAGCUUGUGAUUUCAGGAUCUUCUUGCUGGGAAGGCAGGCCCUUCUUAUCCAAUGAUCUUGGUUAUGAAGAAGACUCACCCAUGUUGUUCCUAUUAAUGGCAGAUUAAGGAAAACAAGCCCUUUUUAAUGUCAUUGUUCACAGAGGCCUUAUUCUGUUAUGUUAUGUUAAAAUACUCAUUCUAAUCUCUUCUGAAAUCAUUGUAGGUAAAUGACAAAAGAUAAUUAACUCAUUGCAAAUGAAUAGUUUUAAAGAUAAACCUCAAUUUGUAAGCAUAUGAAAUUAAAAUUAAAUAUGAAGAAAAA